CAGCGCGGGGCUGGGCUGGCGGCGGGCUGCGAGCGAGCAGCUGGGACGAGCUUGGCGAGGGGAGGCUGCGCCUGUCUCCGAGUCGGCGGGAAGGAGGGCUGCCUGCAGCGCGGCAGCCGCGGGGAGCCGCCGGCCCUGAAGCGGCGGGUCCCGGCCCGGCCGGUGCCGCGGCGGGGGCCGGCUCUGGGCUCAGCCGAGGCGUGGGGACGGGGCGACGCACCGCUGUCCGCCGCAGUGCUGCGAGGCUCCAGCCGCUGUGGCCCUGGAAGGCAGCGUGGCUGAGCGCGAUGCACACUGAUGGUAAACAGCAUCCGUUUUCCACGUGGAAACAAAGUCAACCGAUCCAAUGAGGAUGUGUUUGAUGAAGAUGCAGAUGAGAUGUUUCUGCUACAGAAAGAAUGGAACAUCGCCAUGAAAAAAAGAUUGAAGGAAGGCUACAGGGAUGGAGUUGAGGCUGGGAAAGAACUUGCACUCCAGGAAGGCUUUAAUCAAGGUUACAGAGAGGGUGCUGAGCUGAUGGUUAGAUGUGGCCAGUUCAGAGGAACCCUGAAUGCUCUCUUAUCCUGGUGUCAUUUUAAUGGACAUGAUUCUGCUUUAAGUAAGAUAAAUAAUCUUCUUGAUGUGGUUGGAAAGCAUGAAGAUGAUGUGCUUAAGUAUCUGAAUUCUGUUGAACAGCAGCCACAUCUUGGACACCUUUUAGAUUCUGUUGAGGACAUGGACCUCAGUCACACAGCUCCAGCAGGGACAGAGUGCAAUGAAACUGAAACUGGAAAACAUGAAGAUGUUGGCAGCUCCAGUGAAAACAUUUGUAGAAAUAAUGGUGCAGUUGGUUCCUUGCUGUCUGAGUGCAAGGCAAAACUCUGCACAGAUCCUGAAAGGUCAACCCUUGCUUGGGUUAAGGAGCAGACUGUUUGGCUAGUAGAGCAGCUGGGCUUAUCACUGGAUAUACUCCAUCAUGUCAAGCAACUAGAACAUUAGUUUUUCUGUCUCAAGGUAUUUCAAGUUAUCUUAAAUGGAAUCUCAGUUUGUGGACCAUGUACUGGCUGAUGCAUUGUUUUGGGGAAAUCUGAUUUUUGAUACUUCCCAGUAGAAGUAAUUUCUUUAAGUCUUCACCGUGCUUUAGCUCCUGACAGAACAAAAAAGAGCCCUUGCUUUCAAUCUUUUCUCCUUUCUGUGAAAGUUAUAUUUAUGACUUUUAAAGCUCUACAAAGAUUUACUCAACAUGUUUCUGUUCCAUGUAAGAAACCAUCAUUUCACUCUCACUUUCUCUUUUGGCAGUAGUCUUGAAGUGGAGCAGAUCUCUUAAAUAACCCCUCUAAUACUUAAGAAUAAAUGCCUAUUGCUAUGGAGAAGCUAUUCUUGCAGAAUAAGCUGCUGUUGAUGAUAUGCUAACUCUGUGCAAAAUAUAACAGGAUUUGCUGCUGAGUUUGAGUGCUGAGACUCCAGUCACUAUAUAAAAUAGAGGGGUUUUCACCUUGUCAAAUUCUUCCUCUUAUCUUUUGUAACCACUAUGCGAUGCACUUUUGCAGUUAAACUACUUUUUCCUCCUCAUACAGUUCUAUUUCUCUAAUGCUGAAAGCACACCAUUCCCUUCAAAUGCAGAAUUACUGACAAUUCCAUUGCUUCACUGUUAGACCAUCUUCUCUUGCCCUGUUAAACCUCACUGAAUACAUUUCCAGUCUAGUUAACUUCCUUGUGGUGUUUUUGUAUUUAUUUUGCCAGUCCUUCUAGUCUGAACUCUUUCCCUCAUUCCCGUAGUGUUUUUUUUCCAGACUUGAAGGAAUCAGGCUUGUUCACCUUCUUUCAGAAACAUGUUGUCAUCCACACAUGCAUAUUUCUGACAACUUUGUAUUUCUGUGCCAGUGUUCUAUAUUUGACUCCUUUUCCUGUUGUUUGCCUUUACUGCAAAUUGCUCUGGUCGGGAAGUGUGUUCUUUGUGAAUACCUGUCUCUGUUUUACACCGAUUAAACUGAUUUGCAGUAAGUUAGGACUUGUUUUGAGUUGCUUGUAACUUUCCUUCGUGCCUAAGACAAAGCAGAUCUAGACAAACUGAUAUUUUAAACAUACACUUACAAAACUUCAAUUUAGGCUUGGUUUGUUUGUUUUUUUUUUUUACUUUGAAGCCAGAGAAAAGGUAAAGUAAAAAUUACUUGAUUUUCCAGACAGGGAGUUUAUAACUUUCUUACUAAAGACUCCAUUAUCCUGCCACAGAGUUGGUUGGCUGUUGGUUUAGCUGCCAUUCAGUACCACUUCUGUAUUAGAGGGAAACAGAAAUGCAAUUGGGAGUCUGAUUGAACCUGUUUCUGAAAUACUGCACAAAUAGGGCUGUCUGCAUUAAUUGUGUGUAUAUAAAAUGGUUCAGACAAUUACUUUUUCUCAUUUUAUUUAGCAUAACAGUGACGUGGAUUACUUUUCUACAAGUGCACAUGUAUCACAUAUAUAUUAGAAACUUCUUCCAUACUGUGGUAGAAUAUGGUGUAGACAAAAAUAAAGGCUACUCGAACAGUGUUAGACUGUCCAAAUUUGGAAGUUUAGGAUUGCAAAUUCAAGAGUAUUACUUCUAUGUAUUGAAAAAUGUGCAAAGAAGAAACUACAUUCACAAAUUACUAAAUAGAUAGUGGACUCUCCAAGUUCUCUCCAACUACUGCAAAAGCACUCUGCAACAGGGAAAACAUUUUUUUUGUUUGAUUAUCAAAUAAUUGAUUGUUUUACUUAAUCGUAACAGCUUUGUACUAGCUGUGGAAUUACUUUCCUUCACUCUGCACAAAGUUACUGUGCUUACUUUGGCAUUACUUUCUCCGUGCUGUUACUUUGAGCUUCCAGUUUGGCUGUGAAGAGAUUUUCUUUUAGGCUGUCUGUAAUACUUGGCUCACCCGUCACUACCAAAUCUUGCUGACUAGCCACAGAAUGACGCUCAGGACAGUUAGAAUCCGUCAUUUGCUCACGUGGUGGCUCGGGUUUUUGUUUCAUGUCUACUUCUACAUCUUGUGUUUCACUCUCAGCUUUCACCUUGGCAGCAUUCCUGAAGAUAGCUCUCAUGACAACUGGGACUGACAUGCAACUGAAGGAGGAAAGGAAACAUUAGUCACUACUACAGACUUUCUCCAUUUUUUCAGUGUACUUUUGGUUUUAAAUGGUGGCUGACACCCGAAUGAUAUGAGCGGUGAAAACCAGAACUGCCUCCUUCCAUCUUUUUGCCUUGUACAACCCUAUCAGGCAUUACGCUGUAAUUACAGUAUAACUAUAUGUGCUGUACCAGAAACAUACAUUGACAUUAUGAAAUCAAGUGCUGUAUCUUUGAGCUUGGCAGUGCAAAGAAGCUUUGAUGCAAAGAGAGGAAAGUUUUGGUCAAAAAAAAAAAGUCAUAAAGAUGCUUUUAAUGAAAACCUGAACUAACAGUAUUGAAAUGUGUUCAUUUGUGAUGAGUUUUGUAAUAGUAACUUUCAUGUUUUGUACAGCAGGUAGAGAGCAUACCUUCUCUAAAAUACUUUCUACACUAGAGGAUUUUUUUUUCCACUCUAACAAUAGUUACCUGGUUCCAGGAAUAGUGUCUAGUAUCCUGUGACUUUGGGCAGAGCAGCCUAAUUAAAUAGGUUCUAAAAUCCAGCCUCCAUUGAGCUUGCUGUUAUCAAAUAGAUCAUAGUUGUAUCCUAGUUUAUGCCAAAUGAGUUAGUGCUCUCAGUUCUUGUUCUAGUCUAUGUUCAUGUAUCACAGCAAUCUACCUUUAAUGGGAUUGGUUUCAGACAAGAAGCCUGGGGUUGUUUAGACAUGCCAUACAGACCUCACUUUCUGAAAAGAAGCAUUGGUUUGUAUUAGCUAGAUGUGGAAAGAGUCAUUGCCAUGAUACUCUAAGCUGUACACAUCAUGAGAUGGUCAUCAGCCGAGGUCUUUAGAAAGCCUAUUUACAAAAUAAAUAUCUUUAGAAGAGCUAAAA